AAAGCUCAUAAAUGCAUAUAGGAUAUACCAAGAAGGGACUCUCAAGCAGGAAUCUCAGUAUCAUUAGUUCGUAAACGUAGCUGUCCAAACCAUAACGAAACCAAUUAAAUGUUCAGGGCGGCAACCGGCAUUUUCUUGAUCGGCGCCUUCUUCUUCUUCUUCAGUGGGGUGAUUGCGACGGACGAAGAUAAACAAUGCCUUUCAGCUUGUUCAGAUUGGUCAGUGGUGUUAGGCUACUGUAGGGGACAAUAUAAGGAAACCACGGUGCAGCAAUUCAAUUUAACUUACAUGAACGACUUUAUUGGUUGUCUUUGUGAAGGACAGACUUAUGCUGGUACACUGGGGAACGAAACAAUCACGGGAUCUGCUGGAAUCUGCGAGAGCUGCCAGACGACACCUGCACUGAUCCAGGAGAAUCUUCAGGACUUUCUCCGACUAUGCUCAAUCCAAUCGGCAAAUGGUACAUCUUUCAAUGCUACUAUCUUUCGACCUCAGGGGUAUGAGACGGCGGAGGAUACAUCGAAGGAUGCGGUGGUUGGAAAAGGUGUCCAGACUUUGGCAAAGGCGACAUUGUUAUGUUGGAUGGGCACACUCUUGAUGGCAUUCUUCUUUGGCGUCACGGCUUUAUAGAUGGUGAAAGGGACCCAAGCAAUUGAUGAACAAUGAAAAGGACAUCGAUAGUAUAUGGCGAUAGAGCUUGAACUGCGUCUUGAUUGAACGAUAUAUAAUAGAUAGAUUUGCGAUAAGUACGAAGUAGACAGACGUUUUGUUGGGUGCAGCAAUGCCACGAUCACACUAAGAGUCUGCUGACGUUUUGC